CCUUUUGGUCCCCGUGCUCCUCCUUCCGACACAAUAUCUAAAGAGAAAGGAAUCAGAAUCAAAGCAAUUCGAUCAAAAGUCUUUAACAUUCACGCCCAAAUCAGCGAGCAAGAGAAAAAAAAAUGGAAGGAUGGGAUCCGAGCACCAAAUCGACCCUAACGCGAAUCCCUCUCCUGACGACAAAGGCGGGGCCAAGAGACGGCGAUGCAUGGAAGCAGAGGCUUAAAGAAGAGUACAAAUCUCUCAUCGCAUACACACAGAUGAACAAGUCCAACGACAACGACUGGUUCCGCAUCUCCGCGUCCAAUCCCGAAGGUACCCGUUGGACUGGCAAGUGUUGGUACGUUCACAACCUCCUCAAGUACGAGUUCGAUCUCCAAUUCGAUAUCCCUGUUACCUACCCCGCCACUGCUCCCGAGCUUGAGUUGCCUGAGAUUGACGGCAAAACUCAAAAGAUGUAUCGAGGUGGGAAGAUUUGUCUGACUGUGCAUUUCAAGCCGCUCUGGGCUAAAAACUGUCCUAGGUUUGGAAUAGCACAUGCACUUUGUUUGGGGCUAGCUCCAUGGCUUGCUGCAGAGAUUCCAAUUCUUGUGGACUCGGGUAUGAUUAAGCACAAAGAUGACGCAGCCUCAUCUGCCGAAUCUUAGUCUGUUUAAUCUGUCUUAUCAAACUCAGAAUUGAGGUGUUUAUCAUUAAUAGCUGUAUUCAGAAAUUAUUGAGGUGGAUGCGUCUACCCUUUAAAACUUUUACAUGAAACCCAAUAAAGAUUUAAGCUCUUGCAAUGUUUUUUUUUUCUUGAAAUACUUAUUACAACUUGAGAAUGUAUGAUGUUCUUUCUUACUUUGGAACUGGUUCGUUUAAGGUGUGAAUAUUUUAUUA